AUGGUGGCCGAUGCGUUGAGCCGUAGAGCCAUAACUGAUCUGAGAGUAAUGUUCGCUCGACUUAGUCUAUUCGAUGAUAGGAGUCUGUUGGCAGAACUUCAGGUUGAGAGUGGAGCUACUACUGAUUUUAGGAUUAACAAUGAUGGGGUACUGUGUUUCUGCGGUUGGAUUUGUAUGCCGAAUGAUAAGGAUUUGAGACUAUCGAUUCUGAGGGAGGCGCAUAGUAGCCCUUAUGCUAUGCAUCCUGGCGGGAAUAAAAUGUCUCAAGAUCUGCGAGAGUUAUACUGGUGGCCAGGGUUGAAGCGUGAAGUUACUGACUUCGUUGCUCGCUGUUUGACUUGUCAGCAGGAAUUUGGGGUUAGGGCAGAUCUAACAUCUGAGGAAGAGCCGGUUCAAAUUCUUGAUCCACUUAGUGAAGGUGCUAUGGCGGAAUCAUAG